AUGGUGGACAUUCAGAUUGAAUAUGCUUAAAAAAAGUAGCCAAUCAUCUUCCAAAACAAGAAGAGGGUCCUUCUGGGAGAAACUGGCAAGGAGAAGAUUCCAAGAUACUGCAAGAAUAUCGGUCUGGGCUUCAAGACUCCCAAAGAGGCCAUCGAGGGUACUUACAUCAACAAGAAAUGCCCCUUCACUGGUAACAUGUCCAUUGGAGGACAGAUCCUGUCUGGUGUGGUGACCAAGAUGAAGAUGCAGAGAACCAUUGUCAUCCACCAGGACUACCUCCACUAUAUCUGCAAGUACAAUCACUUCAAGAAGUGCCACAAGAAUAUGUCUGUGCACCUGUCCCCCUGCUUCAGGGACAUCCAGAUUGGCGACAUCGUCAUGGUGGGCAGGUACCAGCCCCUGACCAAGACUGUGUGCUUCAACAUGCUGAAGGUCACCAAGGCUGCCAGCACCAAGAAGCAGUUCCAGAAGUUCUGA